AUGCCCCCCGCUCGCGCUAUCGCGCGCGCUAGUUCUCCUGCUUCCCCCCACACACUCUCCCCCCGCGCCUUUUCCCCUCCUCCCAAGCUCGCGCUACCUCCUCUCCCGUCCUCCCCCGUCCCUCCCCUCCCCUCCCCCUUACCCCGUCUCUUUUCCCCCUCUCCCUCACCCAUAUACCCCCGUCCUGCAUCCCCACAUCCCGUCUCCCCGCCCCCUUCCUUUCCCAACGAUUUUGCCAGUUUAAUCAUUCGGAUCCCCCGUGCUCCUCGCCCCUUUCCGCCCAAUCCAGGCGACCUCCCCGCGCUCGAAGAUUACCCCUCCGCGCCCGCCCAUCCCCCCGCCGCCCCCGACCAGCCCUCAUCCUCCUCCGCCCUCCCAUCCGACUCUCCCGCUGGCCCUUCCUCAUCUUCCCCUCCCGCUGAUUCCGCCGAUUCGCAAACUCCUGCGUCCGCCGAUACCGCCGCUUCCGCCGACACCCCCGCGGGCUCUUCCGCCGCGCCCCGCACGCGUCGCUCCUCCCCGCGCCCAGUGAUUGCGCUCUCCUCCGCCUCCUCAUCCGCCAUAGAGGACUACCUCCGCGCGCACCGCGGGGUGGACUUAGACGCCGCGCUUUCCCCUGCGGAGCGCGCGGAGCUGACUGCGCUGCGCGGACUGGUGGAAACCACCCUCUCCGCGGCCGCGCAGGCGGAACUAUGGGGAGAGGAGCGCAACCGCACAGCUCUUCGGGAAAUGUUUGACGCCGCGGUGCCCUGGCCGCUCUCCCGCGCGCUGCUGUGGAGAGAAGCGCGGAACCAGGGAUGGGGGGAGGCGGAGCGGAAGGCGCAGCAGGGGGAGGGCGGGGGAGAUGCGCGGAGUAGUGCCGCGGGAGGGGCGCUUGCGCGCGCUGGCGUGCGGUCGAGGGAAGAGGUGGGCGGAAGGGGGUUUUGGUGUGAGGGGUUUGGGGGAUAA